AAGUGAAACAGGAAAGGCAGGCGCUCUCGCUCUCCUCCGAUGUAAUACCAAACAAGUAAUCCCCCGCUUCGAUGUGUUGAUAAUGAUACAGCCUGUUUAAUAUCAUGAUUAUUUUCUUUUAUCGACGCGCAAUGGCAAUACCAUUAUGUUGAUAUUACGCAAGUAGCAGCUCUUGAGUGUUUGUGUUCUUUGUUUGUGUUUUUCGCCUUUGAAAUCAAACACAGUUGCUCUUUUUACAUGAAUCUGUUUGCAGUGUUAUCAUGUAUCAUUCGUAUUCGGAUUGGGUGCAUGUAACGCGAAGCGAGAAUUUGGAUAAGAUCAAAGCCGACAAGGAAUUGAGACUUUGUGGGAGUCAAAAUGAAGAGGCCGAUGGAGUCCUUUCUCAUGCUAUGGCCCCACGAGGGGUCUGGUUUUUCGCAAACUGCAUCCCGGAAACGGUGCCCAUCCAGCUCUUCGGGGGCUACGGAGGUGGACAGAAAACUCCACCGGAAGGGGCGACGGCGGGUGCCGAAGAAGAUGCCGGAAAUAUAGCUAUCAAGGUACAACCGGAUGAAAAGCAGGCUCUUAGUGUUAGCAAGCAGAGACCUAACGGAAUAAAUAACGGACAUGAAGUACAACAUGAAAAGAACACGAUCCCAGCACCGCCUUUACCAGGUCAGUUAGGGAUUUACAACUAUCAAACGAGCGGCUCGGUAGAGCUCUACGGUGUGCUUGAGGAUGUUCGCGUAUUAUUACCUUCAAUCGACGACUACGACGGCCGCGCGAAGGGGUGGAGGACGUGCACUUGGGUGCUUUUCCAAGUCGCGAAUAUUCUCGAUGAAUUUGGUUUUCGCCAAGUGAAAUACGCAGCAGUUGUCGAAGCAUCACCGGAGUACUACUGGUUUUUGUCCAGGUGCGCGCCAGGUCAAGAUCUGUCGGUGAAUUUCGAAGUAGAUGAGACUGGUGACAAGAAGAGUGUCGAGCGCGAAGUGCACGACGGAAUGUUAAGCAACCCCGUUGAGAAGCUGGGCACACCUGUUGGCUCGUCAGCGUCUCCAAAUCAAUCGCCUUGUACUGCACGUGUUGGAGUGGACUAUUGCAGAUUGCUAAAGCGUCACGUGGUAAAGAACAACACUGUCGUUGUCCAACGCGACGAGUUCAUUUGCUUCCGACAGCGUGCUAGUGGUACAGCUGCCGCGACAAACGGAGGUGCGGGAACGCGGAAUUCAGGGGGGCAAUACAUCAUAGAGGAGAAACUGCCCACACUGGAGGAUCCCCGCAAGUUUUUCAGUGACUCGCGGUAUUUCGUCGGUUUCGCAAGUGAACGAAGGAUUAGUACCCGGGAAGCCAUGACGGAUUCAACCAGUAAUAUCCGAAAGACAUCAACAGCGGCAGCAGUGAAGCCUGGUGUGACCACUGGUGGUGUACAUCAAGCAAGUCCUGACUCAAGUGAUGCGGAAUCACUGGAACCACGUCAACCUUUGCCGCCCUUAGAAUUUUUUCCUGCUGCCAGGACACGAAUAUCGUUUAACGACCAUGAAACCGCCGCGGAAAGCAGCACUGGAGGAAGACUACAAGAGGAGAAAGAACCUUUCGCAAGAAAGAAGCAAAGCAAAAACACGCAGAGCAAGAACGCUAGCGCUCCUCAUCAUGGCAAUAAAAACAGCACGGGAGGUACCACGAACAUGGAGACAGGUGGACUCCAAAUAGAUGGAGGUGAGGAGAACAACAACCAUGGACGAACGUCUUCAACAGGCAACAAGCACAUUCUGUUUGCGGACAUCGACGAGAUCGUUACGACUCCCGCCUCGACUGCGACCACGGAUGCCGCGAUUGCUAUUCUCCAGCAAAGAAACAAGCUCGAAAUCGAAGGGUCUCCCGGUUCCGACUACGCGGUUUCGAAUUCCUAUUCUGCCUACGGUCGUCUUUCCGCGAUCCUCGAUCAGCAAAACCCCUUUAUUUCCCCCUCUGGCUCCGCAACGACGGGCCAGACUCCGCAAGGCGUUAUGAGUUUUUUUCCACCGUCUUUGGUUAGUGGCGGAGACCUGGGCGGAGGUGGAGCCGCGCUCGGUGCAGCAGUUCCACCAGGCGGUGAUGCCACGUCCGGUAUUUCGAUUAUACGUGCUUUUGACGAUAACGGAUUGCCCAAGGCACCAACCACAUUCGCGAAGUUGGACUCCGCCGAUACCGAUAGCCUGGAGGACGAUAUUAGUAGUGGUCCGCCUUCAGCACCUGCCACAGCAGCCACAGGCACUAAAAAACUAGCGCAAAUGAGAGAGGGCGAGGUAGGAGAAAGCGUCAUGUUUCAACAGAAGAAUAGAGGCCUCCUCAAUCAAAUCGGCGGGGCAGGUGUAGUUGACGUGAGCGACAUGAACAAUCCUGCUGCUGGUGCACUCGCGGGGAGCAACAGCAACAGCAGUUCCAGUCUUUCUAGCGACACGAUGAAAACAACUCGAUCGCAGGGGGAUGACAAUUCUGAGGAAACUGGGUUCAAAUCCAAUCAUCCAAUUUAUUCUUACGAUCCUUUCAACGCCCAUCUUCUUAAUGAAAAAGCAAAAGAACCUGUGAAAGAUCUUCCCACACCUAUUCGUGGUACUCCGAUUACAACUGAUGAAGAUAGUGCGAAAAAAAUUGCGCCUGCAUCGGACUUUAAGACGCCGCACGCAGUCCAACGCCAAGCAGAUCACACAGGAGGUGCUGUUUCCGCUCUAGCCGCGAAUUCGUCAGAAAACAACGACGUGUGCAUCUCAUCCAAGAAAAUAUCAAAUACAUCAAAUCAAACCCCAGUUCCGGAAGCCUUUUCGACUCCUGCCACACGUCUCCCACCUCUCUCCGAGAAACCGUGUCAACCGACUCCUGACGAUGCAGAGUCAGCGUGGUCCGCAGUUUGUUCCCGUGAAACUCGCGUGUUGGUCAGUGUUUUCGUCAUUCCUCCGCAUGGAUGCUCCGUGUCAUUUCCGUCUGGCCGUGAUGAGCAAGUGGUACCUCUCAACGGAAAUUGUAGCAGUGCAAACGCAGAUGGUUAUGGUCAAACAGCGAAGAACGAUCCUGGGAAUAUUGAAGCGUCACCUGUGACGAAGACCAUUCCUGCUACAAGCACGACAGGAGGAAAGAGACGAGAAAAUUCUGGAAUAGUGCAACUUUACCGACAUAAGAUGAGCUUAAUGCGAUACAGGAUCAUGAACGAAAACACCAGAAAAGCUUCUUCAAUGAGUAAUAACAAUGAUGCUGCUCAACAGUGAAGAAAUGCAAGGUUCUAGUCAUGCAUACUAUAUACUACAGAAGCGACGCAGCAGGGGAAGCCGUUCUUUCAUUUGUUUUUGCAUGGCUGCUACAGGUUUGCAAAUUGAAUUUGAAGACGAUGUGUAUGAAUAUAGUUGAAAGAAGGUGAAGGAAAUAUUUGAUACGCGCUGUUUGCUUUUUCAUCUUUGUGUUUCUGGUGAUUCGCUGAACGCUCCCCACGCUCAGUCUAAGUUUGUUGCUGGUUGUGACUUUGUCAGUCCGCCAAAGCGCUAUUUUCCAACAUGUCGCUCCUUUACUGUAUUGACUCACGACCGCCGUCCGUCAUGUUCCUCAUCGGAGCUCGUUCCUCU